AUGAUCUCCCUAACAUCAGCAAUUGUGGGUGUGAUCACAAUAUUCCUAACUCUCAACGGUAUCCAUUUCUUGCUAUGGUUUUUCCAAAGAACCACUCGAGAUCAGCAAAAAUCCCUGCGUACAACUGAAGCAUUCAUUUCUAAUCGAAGCCACCAAGAACCGCUAGUUGAUACCCCACGGCCCAGAAAUGAGGCGUCAGGAAGCUUUUACAUAAAUAAUCUGUCCACGUCCUCGGCUGAUGCUUUCGCCCGCUUCAGAUCUAGACUACUCGCUGCUAGGUCCCUCUCGGAGGUUAAUGAGGGCUCAUCACUGCAAAGAGGAGAAAGAAAUCAAUUCAGAUCAAAAUUUAGGGAAGCCAAGCAGAAGGCUAAACAAAGGUUCCAAAUUGUUGCUGAAAAGUACUCCAAGAAAAUGCAGAAAGGGUCAAGACAAAACCUGUCUGUUAGUGACGACUCAGUGCAUACAGAUACUCAAGCAUUCCAAACAGUGAUGGAUUGGAGUGCUGUAAUUCUUGCCACUUUUCUCACGGUGAUAGGCUUGUUGCUUGUGUAUUGUUUUCGGUAUGCUUACAACACAUGUUACCUAGCCUAUAUUUCUGACACUGCAGACCAACUUGAUCAGCAACAACAACCGUUGGGUAACAAUCACAGUGAAGCAGAUCCAGUUGGCACCAAGAGGUUCAAAAGUGGAGUAUCAGGAACUAGUCAAGCCCCCAAUCUUACAGCACUAACUUUGGCACAUCCUGAAGCUAGUAUGGCCCGCGUGGAUGAUUCAGCACCACCAAGCUAUUAUAAAGCAGUGGGUGAUGUCACUUACAUGGCCACCAAUCAGGAAAGAUAG